ACUGAUCAGGGAUGGCUGUUGCAAACUCCAUGCGACCGCGGAACUCCCUCAACGAAGCGGCGCUUGUUCGGCGACAGACGUGACAGGCGAGACGGACAAGUCGCGCCUUGCAGCUUGUCGCCGAUGUCUGUCUCCGUCGCUCAGGACUCGGCGCAUGCUCGGCCGAAGCGCACUCCGAGCCAGUCUGAUCGGCAGCGUCUUCAGUGCUCGACCCAUGUCAACAGGAUCAGACUGGCGCACACGGGUCAGACAGCCCGAUUGCCCGUCUCGAUGGCCGUACUCCGAUGCUGAUUUCCAGCGGAUAGACGAGUCAUCCGAUCUGGAAUUCUACGCUCCACCUCGGCUCGUGCACCAUAUUGAUGACGGCUGUCGGGCUGCUCUAGCUGCAUACUACGACGAUGUUCUGCCCAGCAAGAGCGCAACACCUCUCAGCGCUAUCAAAGUGCUCGACCUCUGUUCCUCCUGGGUCUCCCACCUACCUGCGCGGCUAGACGACAAGAAGCAGUACCAUGUACUCGGGCUGGGUAUGAACGCGCGAGAGCUAGCUGCCAAUGAGCAGCUCAGCCGGUGGCUUGUCAAGGAUCUCAAUCAAGAUGCAUCCCUGCCCGUCGAGACAGCAGAGAACGAGAGCUUUGACGCUGCGAUCUGCUCAGUAUCGAUCGACUACCUCGUACGACCGCGGGAGAUCCUGAGAGAGAUCGGCCGACUGCUCAAGAAAGGCUCAUCUGUGCAUCUCGCAUUCUCGAAUCGCAUGUUUGCCACCAAAGUGCGUCUCAUCUCCAUCUUGCUUCAGAUGCAAGCCAGCUGGUGCUGACCCACAGCAGGUUGUCGGGCGAUGGCUGCGCAUCUCAGAGGAUGAACGAUGCCAGAUGGUAGCAGACUACCUGCACUUUGCCACCA